AGCAAAAUCGAAUUCACCUUUCACGUAAUUGCAGAAAUAUUACAUCUCGUCGUCACGAGAGCUUACCCGGCUGGACGCGAUCACGAAAGCUCCGAUCAUCCACCAUUUCUCGGAGACGAUUUCUGGAGUGAUGACGAUUCGCUGCUUCAGAAAGGAGGAGACGUUCUUCCAGGGGAACGUGGAGAGGGUGAACGCAAACCUGAGGAUGGAUUUCCACAACAAUGGAUCUAAUGAGUGGUUUGGCUUUCGGCUCGAGUUCAUUGGAAGCUUCUUGCUCUGCGUCUCCACCUUGUUCAUGGUCAUGAUACCCACCCACAUAAUUGGAUCAGAGUAUAUCGGGAUGGCUUUAUCUUAUGGUUUGUCAUUGAACGGCGUGAUCUUCUUAUGUGCCUUUACGAGCUGCAUUAUGGAGAAUCGUAUGGUUUCCGUUGAAAGAAUAAAACAAUUCAUACGGAUCUCGCCAGAAGCUCCAUGGAAGACAAGUUUUAUUCCACCUCCAAAUUGGCCCUAUCAUGGAACCAUUGAGAUACAUCACUUGAAGGUGAGGUACAGGGACAAUAGUCCUCUAGUUCUGAAAGGAAUAUCCCUGGGCAUCAAUGGCGGCGAGAAGAUCGGCAUCGUCGGGAGGACGGGGAGCGGGAAGUCGACUCUGAUACAAGUAUUUUUCCGGCUGGUGGAGCCGGCGGGAGGCAAAAUUGUAAUAGACAGCAUCGACAUUUCAAAAUUAGGGCUUCACGAUUUGAGGUCUCGGUUUGGGAUCAUUCCUCAGGAGCCUGUUCUUUUCGAAGGCACUGUCAGAAGCAACAUUGAUCCCCUCGGCUUGUACUCCGACCAUCAGAUUUGGAAGAGUCUUGAGCGGUGUCAAUUGAAAGAAGUGGUUUCUGAGAAGCCGGGACAACUUGACGCUCCAGUGGCUUAUUCGGGCGACAAUUGGAGUGUGGGGCAAAGGCAACUUCUCUGCUUAGGGAGAGUGAUGCUAAAGAACAGCAGGAUUCUGUUCAUGGACGAAGCAACAGCUUCCGUUGAUUCGCAAACCGACGCUGUCAUUCAAAGGGUGAUACAUGAGGACUUCUCCGACUGCACCGUCGUCACCAUUGCACAUAGAAUCCCCACCGUUAUCGACUGUGACCGCGUGCUGGUCAUAGACAACGGGCGGGUAAAAGAAUUUGAGGCUCCGGCGAAGUUGCUGGAGCGACCUUCAUUGUUUGGGUCAUUGGUUCAAGAAUACUCACAUAGAUCAUCUGGAGUUUAAACCACACAUUUAAGUUCAUUGCAGAUUAGAUCUUUAGCUGAAUUUUGAUCAGUUCAACUUUUUCAGGACUAGUUUGUGGGUUCGUCUUAACAUUUUCAUUGUUUCAUUUCUUACCCACAUUUUUCUUUUGAAUACUGAGGUGAGAGUGAAUAAAAAGAGAAACCAAAACGAGUUCUAAUGAAUGAGUUUUGUACCU